CUCUUUCACUGUCAACACCAGCUGGCGCGCUGUGGUCGCAUAUUGAGAAAAAUUCAUGCGCGUUCAUCGACAAUAGUAAGGCUCAUUGAAGUCUCCGCUCCUCAUACCCGUCUCUGACCUCGAUCCUCCUUCAAAAUGUCUUGAGUCGCAAAACCACAAGAAUCCCUCAUCAUAUUCUAAACAUUCAUAAUGGCGGCAGCAGUGGCCAGAAAUGGCACGACGAGCACCUCUAAUGGCCUCAUGGGUGGCAUCACCCCAGACUCCCGCUUCGUCGAUAUCCCAACAGCCAUCGACAUUCCUGUGUCUGGUGGCCUUGAUGCAGACGAAGCCGUCGAGGUCAACCUCGAAGACCACCUGGACGAUCCAACCGAAUUGUGCCAAUUGCUGGAAAAUGAGAAGGCAGCAAAGAAUUUAUGGAUAACAAUCGCCUUGGCCUACGCGAAGCAGACUCAAAUAGACCAUGCUCUCGAGAUCUUGGACAAGGGUCUUGGGUCGCUCGCACGUAGUGGUCCCAAAGAACGGCUGAGUCUCCUUGCCUGCGUCGCGUGGCUCGACCUCUUCAAAAGUCGACAGGCUCCUCGCGUGUUGUCUGAGACACAAGUGAACAGCGAUAUGAAAACCAAGGAUCACUAUCUUCGAGAAGCCACUACGACCAUCAACGACGCUCUGCGCAUCAAUCCUGCCUUCCCACCCCUCUACCUCACACGAGGCGUUCUUUUCCUCCUUCGAGCUUCGCUGCAAUCGUCCACAAGAGCGGGCGCUGAUGCGGAAAGAGCCGAGUCCCUCAAGCAAGCCUUGAAGUGUUUUGAUGAUGCACUCAGAUCCUCCGACGGGCGUAACAUGAUGGCUGCAAUGGGAAAAGCUAGGACUCUAUACCUUCAAAGACAGUUCGCUCCGGCUCUUCAAACCUAUCAAGAUGUCCUAGCCAAAAUGCCCGGUCUCACUGACCCAGAUCCGAGGAUAGGCAUCGGGUGCUGUCUGUGGCAGCUGGGGUUCCCCGAUCGUGCCAAAGCCGCGUGGGAAAGAUCUCUGGCAUUGACUCCCGAGUCCAAGGUCGCUCACGCCCUCCUCGGAGUGUACUAUCUUCAUGAAAGUGCCAAAUAUCCUGCGUCGGAUCCUCAAUUCAACAUCCUCUAUAAGAAAGCAAUCUCCGAGCAUACAAAGAAAGCUUACACCAUCGACAAAAACUUCCCGCUCAGCUGCGCGACCUUUGCGAGCUAUUUCCUGUUGACUGGAAGGUAUGACACUGUCGAGCCGCUUGCCCGAAAAGCAAUCGAACAAACAGACAUCAAUGCUAUUGCGAGUGAUGGUUGGUAUUUGUUGGCCAGAAAAGAGCAUAAUAAAGGCGACCUCGCCAAGGCAAAUGAGUGCUACACACGAGCAGAUCAAGCCCGAGGCGGUUUGGAUAAGGGCUACUUCCCGGCCAAAUUUGGUCUCAUUCAAAUAAUGGUCCAGAGUCAAGACACCCAGGGGGCCAAGUUCCGCCUAGAGUCCCUUGGCCAACUCAACAAGCAUGUCGAGGCGAUGACAUUGUUAGGGUGUAUAUAUGCCGAAGAGGCCUUCUCGACACAGACGGCCAUUACAAAAGAGGACAGAGCAGCUUCGGCAAGAAAGGCCAUCACGUUGUUUGAGAACGUGAGAAAGACUUGGAAGGACGAAAAAUCUCGAGCCAAGGCGGACGAGUCCGUUUUGCUGUAUCUCGCACGGCUCUACGAACAGGAGAACCCAAUCGAGAGCCUCAAAUGUCUACAACAAGUUGAAGCGAUGCAGCUUGAAAAGUUUCCUGAUGAGGACCGUCCAGAACCCAACGAAGACGAAGCUGCCUAUAUCGCUCAAAUGCGGGAGAACUUGCCUCCUCAGCUACUCAAUAACAUGGCUUGUUUCUUGUACGGACAAGAGUCAUUCUCCCUCGCUCGAGAGACAUUCCAGAUUGCACUGAACGCGUGCGUAAAGUUGACUGAAAAGCAAGAGGCCGAAAAGAAAGCGGCGGAAGAGGAUAAGAUGAGUUCCGAAGACGUGGACAAUAGCGACACCGAUGCUCUUGUUACGACAAUCUCUUAUAACCUUGCCAGAACCUACGAAGCACUAGGCUUGGUAGCUGAAGCACAAAAGGUUUACGAAGGUCUCCUUGGAAGACACGCUGACUACACGGAUGCAUUGGCACGCCUGGCCUACAUUGCGCUUGAAACUUCUCCACGUGACGAGGGUCCUCGCAAGAUCAAUGCUGUAUAUCAGAGUGAUUAUGGCAAUACAGAAGUCAGAGCUUUGAUGGGCUGGUAUCACCAUAGCGCGAAGAAGAAGACCAACAACAUCGCCGAGGAUGCAGAGAAUCGACACUAUAAGCACACUCUUCAAGGCUAUGAUAAGCACGAUUUGUAUUCGCUGACUGGAAUGGGCAACGUUCAUCUCACCAUUGCCAGAGAUAUGCCCCGAAACACUGAUCAGGAAAAAGAGAAGCGAAGCAAAAUGUACGCCAAGGCCUACGAGUUCUUCGACAAAGCUCUACAACUCGACCCAAAGAAUGCAUAUUCCGCUCAGGGUAUCGCGAUUGCCCUUUGUGAUGACAAGAAGUCCUAUUCAGAUGCUCUUCAGAUAUUCACUAAAGUCAAGGACACCCUUCGCGAUGCUUCUGUCAAUAUCAAUUUAGGUCACGUUAUGACAGAGUUACGCCAAUAUCAGCGUGGAAUUGACAACUACGAGAUUGCUUUGAGAAAAGAAACCAAAGGCGAAAAUGCUCAAUUACUUGCUUGUCUAGCAAGAGCAUGGCUGUUGAAAGGCAAGGCAGACAGAUCGAUCGCAUCGUUGAAUACGGCACUGGAUUACAUGAAACGAGCACUGGCUACGCAGGAAGAUUCGCCGCAUCUGCAGUUCAACGUCGCCUUCAUUCAGUUCCAGAUCGCACAGCAUGUCAAUCAAGCUAAAGAGACUGAUCGGACUCUGUCUGAUGUGGAUGCCGCGAUCACCGGGCUGGAACAGGCCAUUGAAACGUUUGAACAAGUGGCCCAGCAUAAGCAACCCCCAUACCCCCGUAGUGCACUUGAACAACGUGCAGCUAUGGGUAAGAAUACUAUGCGCAAUCAGCUUGAGCGACAACGCGCCAGGCAGGCGACUUAUGAGGCCGAGAAUGCUACAAGACUCCAAGAGGCAAUCGAGAAACGCCAGGAGGAAUUGCGGAGACGCGAAGAAGCCUCCAAACGUCGCAGAGAGGAGGAAGAGGAACGGGCUAAAAAGAUUGCAGAUGAACGGAGGAAGAUUGUCGAAGAGACAGAGAAGCUCGCCGAACAACUCCGGGCUGAAGCUGCUGCGAGAGAAGCUGCCGAGUAUACUGACGAUGAGGAAACUGGAGAGCGUGUCAAGCGCAAGUCGAAGAAAACUAGCACCAAGCGCAAGAAGAGAGAUGAUGAAGACGGCUUCAUCGACAACGACGGCGAUGUGUCUGAUGGAAGAAGCGAAAAAAGUGUUUCGAGAACUCCCCUCAGUGGCUCCGACAAUGAAGCAUCAACCGAGAAGCCAAAGAAGAAGAAGAGGAAGUUGGAGAGAAAGAGCAAAGCAAAGGAGCCUCGCAAGAACGACAAAUACAAGUCUGCCGCGGUGGUUGUGGACUCGGACUCGGAGCUGGAAGAUGAGCCUGAAGCUGUCCCUACCCCCGAUGUGGACCCUGACACUCCGGCAUCCCCUGCUUCAGACAGGGACGAGGAAAUGGCCGACACCAGAGACGAAGAAGAAGAGGUCAGCGCACAGCCUCCCAGACAGCGGAAACAACUUCGAACGAUCGCCGACGAUGAUGACGAUGAGGACGAGGAUGAGGAAGCGAUGAAUGGUCAUGCUGAAUCCUGAAGACCUGUUGCAACGAGUAAUGCUCAUAGCGAAGAGCACAAAGGGUUUUGAAGUGGUCAGUUGGAAAAGUACUAUCAUGGGUGGUGGUUCCUGGCUGGGGAACAAUUUAGAGAGACUCGGGUAUGCAUAUUGCUGGCGAGGUGCGUUCUCUUUAUGCAUUUGACAACAUAUAGCUACGGUAAUUCUUGGCCUGUAUAACAAGAAUUAUAUCUACUGAGUAGCUCGAAAGCAUCUUAGGAUAGCAAUAAACUCAUUGCGAAUGAAAAUA